AACUUCCUGCCCUGCAAGGCUGCGCUGCUGGAAGCCUUGAAGCGCGCGGAGGAGGAGGCGGCGGCUGCGCGCACAGACGCCGCCAGUGCCCGCCGCCUGGCCGAGACAGCUCGGCAGGAACUCGCGGAGAGCUACCGCGAGAACGCUGCCUGCAACUUCGAGCUUGUCCGCGACCUCCUCCAGGCUCGCCGCGAAGCCCAGGCGGAGGCGGACGACGCAGCCGAGGCCCGCGCGGCCCUGCAGGACGCGGAGGCGCGCCAGGAGGCUACUGUGGCGCGGCUCCGCGAAGAACACCACGCUGCACGCGCCGAGGAACACCUGCAGAAGACCAAGAGGAUCCGGGCCAACUACCACCUCGAGGUCGGCCACAAGACUGCUCUGAUGACUCAAAUCAACACCCUCUCCGACCAGCUCGAGGCCUCACGAGAGAAGGCCGCCAGCUACAAGGACGAGCUGACAGAGACGAAGGCGGAGCUGGCGGCGCAGCGCCAGCGCACUGGAGCGCAGCAGCCGGCGGAGCGCAGCAGGCGCUGCUGGGGCGGCAGCGGGCGCUGGUGA